AUGAAGUACAUCGCUGCUUACCUGCUGCUUUCGCUCGCCAAGGAGUCGGCCCCGACUGCUGACGACAUCAAGAACCUCCUCAGCACCGUCGGUGUUGAGGUUGAGGGUGAGCGCCUCGACAAGCUCGUGGCUGAGCUCGACGGCAAGAACGUCGCUGACGUGAUUGCUGAGGGUCAGGAGAAGCUCUCGUCGGUGCCAUCGGGUGGUGCCGUGGCUGCUGCCCCGGCUGCUGGCGGUGCUGCCCCUGCUGGCGGUGACGCUCCGGCCGCUGAGGAGAAGAAGGAAGAAGAGAAGGAGGAGUCGGACGACGACAUGGGCUUCGGUCUCUUCGACUAA